AGUAAGUUUUCAGUAAUGGCGGGUGCUGUGAAGAGAUUUUAUGAUAUUACAGCAAAAUUGCUGUCUGGAGAACCUUUGGCUUUCUCUGCACUAAAAGGAAAAGCGGUCCUGAUUGAAAAUGUGGCGUCUCUUUGAGGAACAACAACCAGGGACUACACUCAGAUGAACGAGCUCCACUCCCGCUACGGCCCGAAGGGACUUGUUAUUCUGGGUGUACCCUGUAAUCAGUUUGGACACCAGGAGAACUGCAAGAAUGAUGAAAUAUUGAGAUCUCUGAAGUAUGUCCGUCCAGGAAAUGGUUUUGAGCCAAACUUCCAGCUUCUUGAGAAGGUGGAUGUGAAUGGUAAAGAUGCCCAUCCCUUGUUUGUCUAUCUGAAAGAAAAGCUUCCUUUUCCGUCUGAUGACCCUAUGGCUCUCAUGAAUGACCCCAAGUCCAUCAUCUGGAGUCCCGUCAGAAGGAAUGAUGUAUCCUGGAAUUUUGAGAAGUUUCUUGUUGGUCCUGAUGGUGAACCUUACAAACGCUACAGCCGCAACUUCCUCACUAUUGACACUGAGGCUGACAUUCAAGAGCUACUUAAAAGGGUCCAAUAGUUUUCUUGUUAUCUGUGU